CGCUGCAGGCUGCAACAAAAAAUUUCUUGGAGCCGUUUUUAUCGCUCAAAAUAAACCCGAAAUACCCGCAAAAUUAAAAAAAAAGUAACGAUUUACAGCCCGUGUUCAGAAUGUAAGUAUGGGCAUCGUUAAAAAUGUCAAAGAACGCGAUCGGAACCGUAAAAGUAAGAUUGUGUUGUGCCCCUCUCCUGAAAGACAACUUGGACAGGAUUUUAGUGUUGUUUGCAGCAAUUUUGAAAGAAAAAACACGAUGUAGUGAUCAAACGGUACUGUACGAUGUGUUCUUUUCCGGCCCGGAAGGGGUGCCCAGAUCUGUGAGUGGAGAUUUCAUACCCAGGCUUCAGAAAUAUGUAGAUGACAUCUGCCUGGAAGGAUGCAACUUGACCAAAACGUCCAGCAAUACCGGCGAGGAUUCCAGCUACGAUUCGGACUGCGAGGCGUACGAUGGAGCCCAGAGCCACCUGUCGGGAAGUCACCAAGACGUGUCGAGGACGACGAGUGACACUUUGGCUGCGGAAUUCGCCGAAUAUGUCCAGGAAACGCAAGAAACUAGUCUCGGUUACAACGCUAGGGUUGAAUUUGCUUUAAAGCUUGGCUAUACGGAGAAGCACGUCCAAGCGGCGUUACAGAAGUUGGGAUCUUCUCCGACUCAGAACGAGCUCCUAGCUGAACUGAUUAAAUUGGGAGCUCAAAAAGGAGGUUCGUGCGACAGUAGCCCCACAGAAAGUAUCGUUAGUGAUUUAGGAUUAUUAGAUAGAUUUGAUAUUCUUGAUGUAAGUCAAGCAGCGUUAAGACCCAUCGUUAUAGAUGGCAGUAAUGUCGCCAUGAGCCACGGAAAUAAAGAAAUCUUCUCAUGCAGAGGAAUUAAGAUAUGCGUCGAUUGGUUUAAGGCUCGUGGCCAUAAGGACAUAACGGUAUUUGUUCCAAAAUGGCGGAAAGAGGCACCGAGGCCGGACAAUCCCAUCAGGGACCAAGAUAUUUUGGCAGAAUUAGAGCGAGACAGACUGUUAGUUUUUACUCCUUCGCGUUUAGUGGGCGGAAAGAGGAUGGUGUGUUACGACGAUAGAUAUAUUUUAAAAUUAGCAGCACAGAACGACGGCAUCGUUGUUAGUAACGAUAAUUACAGGGAUCUAUGUCAAGAAAGUGUAGAAUUUCGGAAAGUGGUUGGAGAGAGAAUAUUAAUGUAUUCCUUUGUAAACGACCAUUUUAUGCCACCUGACGAUCCUUUGGGUAGAUCUGGUCCAACGUUGGAUAACUUUUUAAGAGCGCAGCCAAGAAAGGGUGAGGUAACUGGUACUCCGCCACCUCCACCAUGCCCUUAUGGAAAGAAGUGUACCUAUGGAAACAAGUGCAAGUAUCAUCAUCCUGAAAGAGGACCUUUACCACAUAAAAGUGUAACGGAACGGUUAUCAGAGCACGCUCAAAGACACUUACAGGCUCGAGAAUGUAAAGAAGGUGGUGACAUUCGUAAAAAUCCUUUAGGUCGCACGCGUUCUAACGUGCCUCCACCUAAAGAAAACCAGCACGCAGUUGUCUCGAAAUCGCGCAGCGUAGACAACGUCGGUGGUCUCACGCAGUCGCCCCACUAUCAAUCGGAUGCGUUCUCAUUCCAAGCCACCCCUGAGAAGUCCACCAUGGGUGGUUAUUCUUAUCAGACAUCAACGCCUGACAACCUGCACAGGAAACUGCAACGACAGCUGACGUUGAAUCCAGGCGGCGACACCAGACUUGCCUCGAGAAGGUACGCGCCACCCAGUCCGGGACCAGUGGCUCCCCCCGGGGGGUACCUGAGUACUUCGGGCUGGGGCGACAUGCAUCAGUGCGUGACGAGGAUCGCCAGCGCUCCUGACUCGUAUCGCGGGGCCCAAACCGCACAGGGAGGCAGUGCGGGAUGGACAGGAAUGCCGGCGCAACAGACUGGGCAAGCACCGUCAGUUCGUCACAUGCACAGAAUGUCGAGCUGUUCCGAUUCCCAACUGAACAUUUGGCCGGGUCAGUGGAACCCCGUCGGAUCUCAGGAAGACGCCAGACGAAAACUGCACUAUCAUUUGGCAGCCAUAUUCCCAGAAGAACAGGUAAUCCAGGUGAUGCAGAUGUAUCCGGACGAGACAAACCCUCAGAAAAUUUGCGCCGCCAUUUUGGGGAUGUUCGCACCUAAAUCGUAAACUGGCGGAAAUAGAUAUACUCCUAAAAUAUACCUAAUUGUCUGAAUUUCGUAGUAAAUACCGUAGAAUAGUUGAGUACAUUAUCAAAAAUUUAUUUAUUCCUGGUUAUGAAGCUUAGUCUCAGAAUUUCUAAG